CGGGCCUGGCCGGGGGACCUGCACAGGGAUGCGGGACCUGGGUCGGGCCGCCCUGGGCCUCGGGGUGCCCCGGCCACCUGGAGAGCCCGCUGCGAGGAUCUUCCCCCCUGGGACUCCGCACCAGCGGUCACUUUUCCGGCAGCCUAGGCGGACUUGGCCGAUGACUACCCUCCCCGCCCCCAGCAUAGGCACGUCUGCCGCUGAGGGGGACUGCGGCUAAGCUCCCCAUUCUGCCGCUGACCACCCAUCCGGGGCUCGGGCUGUCCUUUACCGAACUUAAGAGAGCUCCCACGCUCAAUACACAAAGAGACAGAGGACAGCUGGGAGCAGGGCCAGAGCUGGAGAAGCAGGCAAGGGGGCUGUCUGUGCGCGGACGGUGGUGCUGGCGUCCCUGGGGUCCCUGCUGGGGCCGUGAUAGACUGGCUGCUCUUCAGUGUUCUUGGCACACAUGUUUUUCAGCCUGUGCCUGCCACACCCUCUUCCCCAUGCCCGCUGCUGGGGGACACUGAGGGCAGCUGGAUUCAACCCCAAGACCUGCGGUUCUGGCUUCUUUCAUUGAAAUGUAGAAAUGGAGGCCCAGAGAGGUUAAAAGCCUGCCUGGUGUCCCCCAGCCCGGAUGCUGCAGAGCUGACAUUUGCAUCUAGAGGAGAGCAAGCUGAGGCUGAAGCUGAGCAGAGGGCAGGGAGGCCCCGGGCUCCCCUCCAGGCCUCGCGAUUGCUGCCAUGAAGCUGAACGAGCGCAGCCUGGCUUUCUACGCCACCUGCGACGCCCCCGUGGACAACGCGGGCUUCCUGUACAAGAAGGGCGGGCGGCACGCCGCCUACCACCGGCGCUGGUUCGUGCUACGCGGGAACAUGCUCUUCUACUUCGAGGACGCGGCCAGCCGCGAGCCCGUGGGCGUCAUCAUCCUGGAGGGCUGUACCGUGGAGCUGGUGGAGGCCGCCGAGGAGUUCGCCUUUGCCGUUCGCUUUGUGGGGACCCGGGCACGCACCUACGUGCUGGCGGCUGAGAGCCAGGCCGCCAUGGAGGGCUGGGUCAAGGCCCUGUCGCGUGCCAGCUUCGACUACCUGCGGCUGGUGGUGCGCGAGCUGGAGCAGCAGCUGGCGGCUGUGCGCGGCGCGGGUGGUCCGGCCCUGCCCCUGCCCCUGCCCCAGCCCCAGGCCCUGCCCCAGUCCCAGCCCCUGUCCCCAACCCCGGCCCUGGCCCCGCCCCUGCCCCACUGGCCCAGUGCCCUCCCGCCCAAGGAAAAUGGCUGCGCUGUCUGGAGCACCGAGGCCACCUUAAGGCCUGGCUCCGAGCCCCCUCCACCGCCGCCUCGCCGCAGGGCCUCGGCACCCCAUGGGCCCCUGGACUUGGCCCCUUUCGCCCGGCUGCACGAGUGCUAUGGCCAGGAGAUCCGGGUGCUGCGUGGCCAGUGGCUCAGCAGCCGGGUCCAGCCCUGAGGCCACCAGGACGCCUGUUUUAGGGGGAUGCAAGCCCCACGCCCUCUGGGACAGGCCGGGUCCUGGAGAGACUGGGGAGCGUGGUCCUCAGGGAAACUGUGGGCAAGGCUGGCCCCCAGGCCCUGAGUGGCCUGGUUUGGGGGAUGCAGGCUCCGAGAAGAUGCUGGAUUCUGAAUCGGCCUUUAGGACCAUGUGACUUAGACACCUAGCCUUGAGGGGAUGUCAGGCCCGAUGCUAAGGAGAAUCCAGGGCCUGAGAGGGAGUUUUCCUGAGAACUCUGGCCCCCGGCCAGCCUGAGCUGCCUGGCAGAGGCCUUUGCUGGCAACAGGUCUUGCUGGGCCUACAGCUCAGAGGGUCACUGGGACCCUGACCAGGGCCUUGUGGUGGACAGAGAGAGGCUCAGUUGUGGCAGCCACACCUGGGUCUGGCCUUGCUCCAGGGCCUGCUAUGGGAGCUAGCCUGGCUCUGUGCCUGCCGUCUCCAGGGAUAGGGCAGUGGCUCCGAGGGUGGUGACUGGGGACACAGGCUCAGGUGUUAGCGCAGGACCUGUAGGAUGAGGUGGCCUGGUCCCCAGGGCUCCUGGCCUGGGCUGGCUGAGGCGGGACUCUGCUGGGUCCCCUGCCAGGCCUUGUGGUGGUGCUCCUGGCGGCAGCAGCUCUCUGGCCGCAGGCCCGGUCUGUGUCCCUGGGGUGGCCCUCACAGUGCUCUCUGGACACUCCUUGACUGCAUCCUUCAGUCUUAGCCCCCGAGCCUGGGGCCCCUUGGGAGUUCGCCUGACCUCCCUUCCUGGGCUGGGCAGCCAUGGCCCAAGCUGACCGUCUAGCAGGAUCCCCCAGUGAGGGGAGGCUGCCAGCUGACUCACCAUCCAGGAAGGCCCAGGUACUGACCUAGUGGCAGAGAAAAAACCACCACACACUAAGCGUGGCUUCCAGAGCCCCUCUUCAGCUCCAGGCAGUCCCCUCUACCAUGCCCCUCUUGAGCUCAACCCCCACCCUCAUACCCCCAGUGGGGACCGGGUCUUGCCUGGCUUUGGGGCUGACCGCUGGUACCUUCUUCUCACCACAGUGCCCAUUCUUCAUGCAAGGAGAACCCUGGGGCUGGGACACCCCCUGGCCCUCACCCUGGGUCAUGUUUACAGUCCUCAGUGCCCCACCCUGGGGACCCCCUGAGGAUACCUCCACCCUGACCUUGAUUUCCCCAAAUGCUGCCUCUUAGUGACAGACUCAGCCUGCAGCCUCUUCUGUCUUUGGAGACCCUGGGGCUUGGGGAAAUAUGGAAGUGGGUGUGUCUGCAAUCAAGGCCUCCAGCUCAUGGCUGGCCCGGUGGGCUGGGACCUUAGUUUGAAUUUUACUUUUAAAUACUUAACGGUACAUUUUUUUUUCUCUGGCAACAAAGCUUUAUGUUUUCACUGCUUUAGUUUCCUGUUUGCUGGUGGGAGGGGAUAGGAUCUGUGACUCCGGGCUUGGCCUGGGGGGUACAGUUGUCACUGCCCCUGUGGAAAGGGACAGCUUGGGUUGGAGAAGCACAGCCAGAGACGAGAGCCCCUCGAGAGGGAUCCUUGGCUGCUUCAUUGUCUUUCCCCCAGCAAGCCCUGCUUUCCUCGGCAGGUACCUCUGGGGGCUCUUGGUACGGUCCCUGCUCACCUCCUUCCAGAGUCCUGAAUGGUGUGGGUGUGGGUGGCACAGGCUCUGGGGCUUGGGAGGGGUUCGGAGCUGCCCAGAGCCCUGUGUUCUGGCAGACUCAGCUGGUGGGGUUAGGUGUUAACCCCAGUCCUGGCAUAGGUUUACAGAUUCUCAAGGUACGCUGGCCCUGGUCUCCUGGGAGACAUGGGUAGGGGAUGUCCCCUACCAAAGCACAAGGUGGGGUCCGGCUGCCUCCCAGAUUGGGUGUUGGGGGAGCUGUCUGGCUCCCUGGGAGGGAGAUGCAAGGGCUAAAAUAAAAUUUUGUCAAGUAA